ACUUUAAUUUGACAUUUAUAAAAACUAAAAACUUAAAUUUUCUCAUUAUAUUAAUAAUAAUGUUUUAAUUUUUAGUUGCACCAUGGAAACUCAUAAAGGUGCGUUAUCAUUAUUACAAGAUUAUGGUGAUAAUUCAUCAGAUGAAGAAGUUCCUUUUGGUAGAGUGUCCACAAAACGUAGUUAUAAAGAGGAUGAAGAAAAUGAAUCUACAAAGAAGUUAUUUUUACCAUCAAUAAUUAGUACUAAGGAAAUCGAUAAUCAUCUUGAUGAUCCAUCUAUUCAUGAUGGUAGAAUUCGUUCGUUUCCACAUGAACGAGAUUCUUGGGCUACUUAUGUUUAUAUUUCUUGUGAACCAAAUGAAGGUAUUCAACACAUAAUAAAACUAAUUGAUGAACAUAUACCCGAUAUUAAAUCAACAAGUGAUUUUCAUAUAAGUUUAACUAAAGUUGUUGUGUUAAGAUAUCAUUGGAUUGAAUCAUUUGUAACAACCUUAAAAGACAAUUUGGGCUUAAUGAAACGUUUUUUAAUAAUGUUUGAUUCAUUGAAAGUUUAUUGUAAUGAAGAUCGAACAAGAACCUUUAUAGGAUUUGUAGUUAAAACAGGAUAUGAUACCUUAGCAAAAUUGGUUGAAAUUUUAGACAAAUGUUUAAAUGAAUUUAGAUUACCUAAAUUUUAUGAGGAAAAAAGGUUUCAUAUGAGUAUAGCAUGGUGUCUUGGAGAUCAAGAAGAAAACAUCAAACAGAUUUUACCUGAAUUAAAUGAUCAAUUAUUAAGUGUAAUGAGUGAUUAUCCCGAAGAUUAUUGGUAUAUUAUAGUCGAUAGAUUGGAAUGUAAGAUUGGAAAUAAAUAUUUUAGUUUUGGGACAUCUUAAUACAUUUUUUUGAUGAUUAA